UAUGUCCCGCGAGUGUGACUUUGGCCCCCCCUUUUGCUAGCGGCUGCGACCGCCAGUGAGUGCAGUGGUUAGUACCUAAAGAGUGAUCAGUAUUAGCAACAGCAAUGCAGUGAUUAACAGUGAGCUAUUGUGAAAUGUGAAUAUUUGACACUGUAACUCCAUUGGUGUAUCGGAGUAUCAUACACCUUGAGCUCAUGAGACUAGUCUGGUUACAUCUUCACUAUAGGUCUACAAGUGUGAGCAAAACAUUUCUAACGACGGUCAGCAUCCAACAGAAGGCAUUCAAGUGCCGACACUAACGGCGGCAAUCAACGAAACGCAAGCAGAUACCAGUGCAUUGACGAAAACAAUCAGCUAGUGACGACAUUAGGGUCGAGCGAAAAGCAAAGAAGAAUUCCAAGAAGGAUCAACCAGCUGACUUCAGUGAUAACACGCCGUAGUAAUAAGUGGUUAAAGCGAGUCAUCACGGCAAGCAGCGAGUGUUCUUAGACAUUGUCAGGACGUCUAGAACGCCUCUUCAGUAUAGAGCGAUUAGAGACGUCCUCAUUCUCCUGGAAGACUAGCCACAGCUGGAAGUCAGAGAUGGCUACAAGAGGAAGUAGAGCAGACAUGCUGUGGCCUCUCACACUUCUGGCUCUAAUAGCACGGCCUGGCGCCACCACUGACGUCACGGCUCCACCGAUGACGUCACUUCCCGACGACGCUCUUCACGUUCACCUCCACAACGAGACACACGGAGAGAUGGAGCACGAGGGUUCCACACAUGACGUACACGCUACUGUGCUGGAGCACAAUAGCACACACAGUGUGCUGCAUGUCAACAGCAGCACAGCCGGUCUACAUAGAGAUGUGCUGGUGCAUAAAGAUGUUCUGGACGACAUGGGAAUGGGUGCAGAUCCCAUCAACGGUACACAUUUGAACCACAGUAGCUGGAACGGCAACGAACAACUGGUACCAACGAAGGGAGGCUGGAUGACCGAAGUGCUGAACAGCAGUGUGUCCGUGGAAAAUCGCCAACAAGAAAUGAUGGCCACCGAUGUGGCUCACCAAUCCACUGUGCAUUUUAUUGCCGCCACCGUUGGAGCCUGUGUCGGGGUCGCCAUCUUGGCAGCAGUCGUCUGUGGUGUAUUCCGUGUCAGACGACCCGCGGAUGCUCCGCUGUUGAGUGAAGAGGACGAGGAAUUUACCGUUUUCAGCGUGGUGGACCACCCCUAUCCGGGUAAAAAGGGUGACAACUACGUCCCUCUUCAGUGAAUGAUUUGAUGUCAUGAAAAUAUCAACUGUUUGACCUCGUCAAUUUGGUGCUGUCUGCAGGCGUAAAGAACUCAGUUCAGUC